AAGCGAAAGUCAACGAAAAUGAAGGUUCUUCUGAUAUUGGUGUCGGUCCUACUGAGCGGUGUGGUGGCCGAAGCACCCGCUCCCUACGCACCGAGCGGCUGGAGGCCAAACGGACCAGCUUUCGAACUGCCGCAAAGAUCUUUGGCUCCACGAAAUCAAGAAUACUUGCCGCCACCAGUGGAUCCUAGAAGGCCAUUCAUACCAAACAACUAUGACGAUAAUGUUGACGUGUCCGUCCAAGGACUGCCAGUACCUGAACCACAGCCUAUUUUCCAAGUGUCCCCCAUCAAUGGACAGCAGUAUACGGGACCUAGCAUUAAUGCAGAUAUUAGCAAGUUAAAUCCAAGCUUUCAACAAACACAGUACCAGCAACAGUUAGAAAAAGCGCGUCAAUUUGCAAGACAGAGAGAGUUUGAGGCUACCCGCGCCAACACACCUUCAAAUGGACUGCCAAACCAGCAAUCUCCAAGACAAUUCGCUUUCCAAACUACAUCAACAACAACAACAAUUAAACCUGAACUUAAAACACCAAAAGCAGAAACGACAACGGAACCGAUCGAUUUAAAUGAAGGUGAAUCUUUUGGCGAUGAAAAAGAUACGAAUGAAAAAAAAGAAAAGGUUUCAGUUGAAGUAUCCAAACAAAACUUGCAAGAAUAUCCCCCUGAACUCUUCUUGAGGCCUCUCGCUCAGCUUAAUGCCCAGCCACAGUUCAUAUCACUGGCGCAGCUUGGUCAAUUGCGAGCUCCUCUUUAUUAUCAGCCGGAACAAGCAGCACCUGCUCCAGGUUUUGAUGGUCCCACACAUUUGUCAGCUUUGCCUUCAGUGAUAGCGCAAAGGGAACUAUUAUCACAACAAGCUGUGGUUCCCAAUCAAGGUUUUGCUCAAAAUCCCAUUAUAGUUCAACAAGAGCAACCAGCUUUAUUACAAGCACCUUUAAAUCAAUACCAACCGAUAAUUAAUGAAUACCAACCCGAGCAAGCACCGGUUCAACCAUUACCUCAAUACCAACCACAACAGGUUGUUGGUCAACCACAAGUUCUUAAUCAGAUCCAGCCAAAUCCAUUCCCUCAACAACCAGGUCAGUUUGCACAACCACAACAGCCAAAUGUUUAUGUGCAAUCACAACAACCAAAUCAAUUUUUGCAACCCCAACAGCCAAAUGUAUAUGUGCAGCCACAACAGCCAAAUCAAUUUGCACAGCAACCAAAUGUAUUUGUACAGGCACAACAACCUAGCCUUUUCGCACAACCACAACCAAAUCAAUUUGCGCAACCACAACAACCUGCUCAAUUUCCCCAGCCACAAAGACCAAAAGAUGUUGAAGAAAUAGAGCAAAAUGACCAACAAGUUGUAUACCAAAACUACCAACCUCAAUUCUACCAACCGCAACCAGCAAACCAGUACCAAAAUUUCGAACAGCCGUUAUAUUUAGCUCAACCAGCUUUAAAUUACCAAAAUCGAGAUCAAAUUUAUCAAAAUCAGUUUAUUCCACAACAGUACAAUCCAAAUCAAUAUCAAGUGCAACCUCAGCAAGUAUUUCAAGAUCAGAAUGCAUUACAAAGUGGUCUAGAUUUAAAUCAGCAAGGAAAUGGAAUAGAGGCUGAUCAAGGCGAGACAACUGAGGAAGAUGAGCAAGAAGAAGGGCCCAAGGUGACUGCAGUAGCUACGGCAUUUGGCACAAGAACUCAACCUCGUGUGUUUGCAAAGUAUGGAUCUCCGACACAAAAAGAACAGGAAAGAACAACAACUGAGUCUUCAGUUCAAGACGUGACUGAACCAGAAGAUGGUCCAGCAAUCGCCCAAGCCACAGCCGUCGCUUCAGGAAGAAGGAACGCAAGAUUUAGGAGUCGUCGUGUGAGGCCCAUAUUUACUCUAGACAGAUCCGGUCAUUUGGUCUUAUCUCAAAACCAGUAACAAUAAUUUUACAGAUUGAUCAGAAGACACGUUUAAUUAAAAUCUACGUUUCCGCAAAAUGAUUUCGUUGCAAACUAAAAAUUUAACGUUGCUACAUUUUAAAUAAAAGAUCCAUUUUGUUUUAAUGAAAAUUUAAGUUGCACACAGUAAAUUUUCUA